AUGAUGAAAUUGUUGACUUCAAUUGCACUUGUAUUUUCCCUCUUGUUCUUUUUUGUUAAUCAAGUUAGAGGAGGUGGGGCUAAGGCCCUUCCUGAGAAUCCACCAAUUACAGACACAGUGUUUUUCGAUAUUGAGGAAGAAGGAAAACCUAUUGGUCGUAUUGUUAUAGGAUUAUUCGGCACGGUUGUACCUAAAACCGUUGAGAACUUCAAGACAAUUGCCGAGUCGACUAAUCCAGAACAACAAUAUACCAACUCUAUUUUCCACCGUGUUAUCAAGAAUUUUAUGAUUCAGGGAGGCGACUAUGAAUACGGAGAGGGUUAUGGCGGUCAGUCAAUUUAUGGCAAGAAAUUUGAAGAUGAAAAUUUCACUUUGAAGCACGACAGAAAGUAUAGACUCAGUAUGGCUAAUGCUGGAAAAAAUACAAAUGGAUCUCAAUUUUUCAUUACCACGGCUAUCACGAGUUGGUUAGAUGGUAAGCACGUUGUGUUUGGCGAAGUUAUUGAUGGUAAAGAUGUUGUUGACUAUAUCGAAAAUGUAAAGACAGGCCGUGGCGAUCGUCCUGCUAAGGAAAUUAAGAUCAAAAAAGCCGGUAAGAUUGAUAACAACAACGAUAAUGAAAAGAUUGAAAAGGAUGAGCUUUGA